UACAAUCCUGCUUUAGAGGAGGAGGUUAUGAUUUUACUCCGCUUUCCUGGAGAAGUUGUGGAGAAGAAAGCAAGUUAUUUUCUGCUGGAAGUGUAAAUGAUUGUGAAACAACAUCUGGUUUUUUUUGACACAAUGUUUACCCCUCGUUCCUGUCUCCUAACCUGGGUCCUCAUCAUAUGCAACUCUGUUGGACCAGACUAUUGCAUGGCCUCCCAGAAGAAGACCCUCUGUCACGUACAAGACGGCAGAGCUGACUGCAGUCAUCUUAGCCUCAGCGCCAUCCCUCCAGACUUGCCCAGGAAUAUCACCAGCCUGGACAUAUCUCACAACAGACUGGGUCGGCUUCUCCCCGAGACGUUGAAUCUGUACGCAGGCCUUCUCGACCUCAACAUCAACUACAACAGCAUCACCAACCUGAAUGAGGGCGUGUGCAAGAGCCUGCCCCUGCUGCAAACUCUGAACCUGGAGCAUAAUCAAGUGCAUUUGCUGAAAAAAGAGGAUCUGAGGCACUGCAGCAACCUAAGAUGGUUAAAUAUGGCUAGCAAUAGACUAAAACUACAAGGAGAACCCUUUUCUGAAAUACAGAACCUGAAAUUUCUUGACGUCUCCAUGAACAAGCUGCUGUCAGCAAAGCUUGGCUCUCAGCCUCAGCUGCCCAGUUUGGUGAAUCUGAGUAUGGGAUUAAAUGACUUCAACACCCUGAAGAGUGACGACUUUUCCUUCCUUAGGCUUUCACACUCUCUGCAAGUCCUUAACCUGUCAUCUGUGUCCCUGAAAACGAUGGAGCCUGGCUGCUUUAAGCCUAUUUCAGGCAUACGUACGUUGAUUUUAGAUGGGAGCAAAAUGGUGACUCAGUUAAUUUUGAAACUCUGUUCUGAGCUGUCAGGUACCGCUAUCAACGCCCUCUCUCUUAAGAAGAUGAAGCUAAUUACUCUGAACAACAGAACCUUUACAGGACUUCAACAAACAAAUCUAACCUUUCUGGACCUGUCAGGGAAUGGCAUGGCCAAAAUUGAAAGAGGAACGUUUCAGUGGCUGUCCAGCCUUCAGUCUCUAAUUUUGUCGGACAACAAUCUCAAGCACCUGACCAAGGAAACAUUUCUGGGGCUUAAAAUGCUGAAAGAGCUGCAAUUGACGAGAGCAUUAGUGAAAAGUCGUUCAUCCCCUCUGCCGAUUAUUGAUGAUUUCUCUUUUCAAACCUUGAUCAAUCUUAAAAGCUUGAUACUGUGCAAUACUACAAUUUCAGAGAUCACAGAGCACACGUUUACAGGCCUGACAAGUCUCACAGAGCUUGAUCUGAGCCGGUGUUCUUACAUACAUACGCCGCAGAGAGAAAUCACCAAUAUGACAUUUAUUUCACUUGCAAAGUCACCGCUCAGAAAGCUGAAUCUGGCAAGAAACACCCUGGCAAAGAUUAAUCCCGGAAGCUUUUCUGUCUUGAGAAACCUCACCACACUCAAUUUAGAUUACAACUUUCUCAAGCAAACUCUAACUGGCAGCGAAUUGGAAGGUCUGGAUCAGCUACAAGAGCUUCACAUAACCAACAACUAUCAGUCAAUCGACCUGACUUCCGGUUCAUUUACGAGUGUUUCCAGUCUCACAGUCCUGACUUUGGGGAAAAGUCUGAAAGCUGAGGCCUUGAAGCAGGAUCCCUCUCCAUUCUGGCCACUGUCCAGCCUCACUGUCUUGGAUCUCAGCAACAACAACAUUGCCAACAUCAGAGAAAACACACUGGGUGGCCUCGUGAACCUCAGGGUGCUGAAACUCCAACACAACAAUUUUGCUCGACUGUGGAAGAUGGCUAAUCUUGGCGGCCCUGUGCUUUUUCUCAAGGAUACACAACAAUUGGUAACCUUACAGAUGGAUAACAAUGGACUAGAUGAGAUUCCAAAGGAUGCUUUUAAGGGGUUGAAUGACCUCAGAGAGCUAAGCCUUAGCAACAAUCUCCUAAACAGUCUUAGGUACUCAGUUUUUGACGAUCUGAAGUCCCUUAAAGUUCUACGUUUAGAGAAGAACCUGAUCACAACUGUGAGGCCUGAAGUGUUCAAAACUCCCAUGAGCAACCUGAGUGUGUUUAUUAUGGACAAAAACCCUUUUGAUUGCACCUGUGAGAGCAUCUUGUGGUUUGUGACAUGGCUGAAUAGCACAAAUAUGACCAAGGUGCCAGGUCUCAGAGACCAUUAUACCUGCAACACUCCACCUGCUUACUUUAACCGCUCCAUUAUGGAUUUUGAUCAACUCUCUUGCAAAGAUAUGACGCCAUUUCAGGCUCUUUUCAUACUAAGCAGCACAGCUGUUUUAAUGUUGAUGUCCAGUGCACUUUUGGUUCGUUUCCAUGGCUGGAGGUUUCAUUUUUACUGGAACGUACUGAUCAAUCGUACUUUGGGAUUUAGCGACACCAAAGGUGAGGAGAUCAAAGACUAUGAAUAUGACGCUUACAUCAUACAUGCAGAAAAAGAUGCCAACUGGGUAAACACACAGAUCGUCCCACUAGAGAAUGAAAAGUGCCUGUUUUGUUUGGAAGAUCGGGAUUCAGUCAUUGGAAUGUCUCAGCUUGAAUCCAUUGUGAAUAACAUGAGAACGUCUAGAAAAAUACUAUUCGUCGUGACCGAGAGUCUCCUCAACGAUCCCUGGUGUAGAAGAUUUAAAGUCUAUCAAGCACUUCACCAGGUCAUCGAAGACAGCAGAGACUCUGUUGUUUUGGUCUUUCUGCAAGAUGUGCACGACUACAAGUUAUCACGCUCACUAUUCCUGCGCAGGGGCAUGCUGCGUCCACGCUGCAUCCUGACUGGCCUGUACAGAGGGAAAAAAUCCCAGCCUUUCACCAGAAACUCCUCAUCGCGCUCGGCAUGACUAAUCGACUACAAGACUGACUGCUUCUUCUUGACAGUGGGAUAUUUUUUUUUUCCCUCACUCAACAAUGCCAAGCAGUGUUUCUUAAAAAGUCAGCGGCCUCAGAUGAGAUACAACACAAAAUAUUGAACUGUGUAUUUGAGUUGGCUGCAUCUUUGAGGUGCUGAUAUCCACUGUUUCGGUUUUGUUACUUUGCAGGGUGCCGAGUUUCCUGAGACUGAAAGACAAACCCAAAUCAUUAUUCCUCUACCACUGUGCUUGAUAGUAUGAAGUCUUUUGCUAAUAUGUUGUUUGGUUUCAAUUGGUGCUGAACACAUAAUCUGUCCCAGAAAAAGUCAUACCUUUAUUAGUUGCACUGUCAUGAACUUGAACAUUUAUAAUAACAAUAAUGUCUGUCACAGCAGAAUGAUGGAUGUACCCUCUUAAAUCCCAUGAAAACAGUAAGUGGUUAGUUUGUUUUAUUUUAUUCAUUCAUUCUACAUGUUUGCCGAGUUUUUGUAAAAAAAAAAAAAAAAAAGAUCAAGUGGAAUAUGUUACAUGUUGUUCAACUGAGAUUAUGUUUUCUUAAUAUUACACCAGGAAAUA